CUUCCGCCGUCUCCCGAGGCGGCUUCCCGACCUUUCUCCAAACGCCGGGCUGGAGAGGUGGGCUGCGCGAGGGGAAACUGAGGCACGGCGACGACCAAGCCUGCUGAAGUCUCACCGCUGCGGCGAGAAGUGGCGGGUGUAGGAAUCCAGCCUGGGUCGCCCAUGCAUGAAGCUGGGAUUUGCAGAACGUCUGCCCCGUGUUGUCGGUCCCCCCGGGAUGCAGACUGGAGACUUAACAAGCAGAUGUUUGCUGCCGCGGUGCUUUCCCGAGGACCUGGUGCUCAUCUGCCGGAACUACCGUGGGGACGUGGACAUGUCAGAGGUGGAGCAUUUCAUGCCCAUCCUGAUGGAGAAGGAGGAGGAGGGCGUGCUGUCACCCAUCCUGGCCCAUGGUGGUGUGCGGUUCAUGUGGAUCAAGCACAACAACCUCUACUUGGUUGCCACGUCCAAGAAGAAUGCAUGCGUGUCGCUGGUGUUCUCCUUCCUCUACAAGGUGGUACAGGUGUUCUCUGAGUACUUCAAGGAGCUGGAGGAGGAGAGUAUCCGCGACAACUUCGUCAUCAUCUACGAGCUGCUGGACGAGCUCAUGGACUUCGGCUACCCGCAGACCACGGACAGCAAGAUCCUGCAGGAGUAUAUCACACAGGAGGGCCACAAGCUGGAGACAGGGGCCCCGAGGCCCCCAGCCACUGUCACCAAUGCAGUUUCCUGGCGGUCGGAGGGCAUCAAGUACCGGAAGAAUGAAGUGUUCCUGGACGUCAUCGAAUCCGUCAACCUCCUGGUCAGUGCCAAUGGCAACGUGCUGCGCAGUGAGAUCGUGGGCUCCAUCAAGAUGCGGGUCUUCCUGUCAGGCAUGCCGGAGCUGCGUCUAGGCCUCAACGACAAGGUUCUCUUCGACAACACAGGCCGCGGCAAGAGCAAGUCGGUGGAGCUGGAGGACGUGAAGUUCCACCAGUGCGUGCGGCUGUCGCGCUUUGAGAACGACCGCACCAUCUCCUUCAUCCCUCCUGAUGGCGAGUUCGAGCUCAUGUCCUACCGUCUCAACACACAUGUGAAGCCACUGAUCUGGAUUGAGUCGGUGAUCGAGAAACACUCACAUAGCCGUAUCGAGUACAUGAUCAAGGCCAAAAGCCAGUUCAAGCGGCGCUCUACCGCUAACAACGUGGAGAUCCACAUCCCGGUGCCCAACGACGCCGACUCGCCCAAGUUCAAGACCACGGUGGGCAGCGUCAAGUGGGUGCCCGAGAACAGCGAGAUCGUGUGGUCCAUCAAGUCCUUCCCGGGCGGCAAGGAGUACCUGAUGCGGGCUCACUUCGGGCUGCCCAGCGUGGAGGCGGAGGACAAGGAGGGCAAGCCACCCAUCAGCGUCAAAUUCGAGAUCCCCUACUUCACCACCUCUGGCAUCCAGGUACGCUACCUGAAGAUCAUCGAGAAGAGCGGCUACCAGGCGCUGCCCUGGGUGCGCUACAUCACGCAGAAUGGAGACUACCAGCUUCGGACCCAGUGAGGCAGCCCUGCCUGCAUCCAGCUGCUGCCGCCGCCGCCGCCCUGGGCCCCUCCAGCCCUCUGCUGACGCCCAGACCAGAGGGGACACAGCCCCAGUGCCAUGGCCUCAGAUGCCAAAGGCCACACGGCCAUCCGCCGGCAGUGCCACCGUUCUGCUGCGCCCGCACCUAGGGCCUGAGACUCUGGCAGCCGCCGCCCCGCACCGCACCAGGGACCCCACACCCUGACCACCGGGACCCCGCCCCCGGCCCCCUGCAGCAGGCACGGUCUCUACAGGGACAGCCUCGGUCUGAGCCCCGCCCUACCCCACCCACGAGUGAUAGCCACAUUAAAUCCACGUGACAUGGACAAA